AUGAUACAAAGGACGAUUUUGUUGUGUUUAUUCGUUUCCGUGACUUUUUGCGCUCCAGUCUAUGAGGAAAGUGCUCAUAAAGCCGAACACGAGAGCAAAAAAUAUUCGAAUGAGGGUGGACACCAUGAUGCACAUGAAUACGCUAAAGAGAAAACGGGAAAAGAGGCUGAGCAUGGAGGAUACGACAAAUACGACGCAGAACAUCACCACGAGUCGGCCGCUAAAGAGGGCGAGAAGAAAGGAAACGAGCACGAAGCUGAACACAAAAAUGGAGGAAAGACACACGCCAAGGAACACUCGGAUUUCGAAAAAGAUGUGAAAACGAAAUCUUUUGGCUACUUUGACUACAAAUUCGUUCAACCCCAAUACCACGUGGAACAAUUUCAUCAAGAUGAGAAACACGGGAAGAAAUAUGGAGGAGAUUCGCAUGAUUAUGGAAAAGAACACUAUGGAGAGGGACAUCAUCACAAAGAGGGAUACGGGAAAUAUGGCAAAGCCUACCAUGAUCACGGAGAUGAGCACAAGGAGUACGCCAAGGAGAAUCACGGACACGAUCGACACUACAAUGCAUACGACAAGGGGCACAAGCACGACGGAGCUGGCUACUACCAAGACGGACACGGAGCUCACGGAUCGGAGUACGAUCAUCACAAGGAGGAACCCCAAGAUUAUGAGCCACACUACUAUCAACCCCAUCACAACCAUUAUCAGCCACACUACGGGGGACAUCACGAUAAUCACCACGAUUAUCAUGAUCAUUACGGACAUGGACACGACAACUACUACUCACCAUAUUCUCUCGAAUAUGGACAUUAUCAU